AUGAGAGUAUUCACCCGCCUCCUCUACGCGACUCCCGCAUCAAUGGGCUCAGCCUCCAGCCUCAGCGAAGCGCUCGCCCUCCUCCCGCCCAUCCCGCUCUACCGCCGCAUCCUCCGUGUGCACCGCAAGAAGCUCGAUCCCGAGAUGCGCAUCCUCGGCGACUCAUACGUGAAGAGUGAAUUCCGCGCGCAUCGGAGUACGGAGAACCCGUUGCAUAUUAUCGGAUUCCUUACGGAGUGGCAGUUGUAUGCGCAGAAGCUUGAGGGAGAUUCGUGGAUUGGAGAGAAGCUAGAUAAGGGGAAGUUGGAUAAGAUGAGCGACCAGCAACUUGGUCAGUUGUACGAGCUGAUGCAGACGAUUAAGAAUAAGGAUGGACAGGGUGAUGAGUAG